AUGAGCUCGGGGGUCUGCCCCUUCUUCUCUCUGACUCUGUGUCUUCUGCAGACGGACCAGCAGGCAGAGGCCCGGUCCUACCUCAGCGAGGAGAUGAUCGCUGAGUUCAAGGCCGCCUUCGACAUGUUUGACGCUGACGGUGGCGGGGACAUCAGCGUCAAGGAGUUGGGCACGGUGAUGAGGAUGCUGGGCCAGACACCCACCAAAGAGGAGCUGGAUGCCAUCAUCGAGGAGGUGGACGAGGACGGCAGCGGCACCAUCGACUUCGAGGAGUUCUUGGUCAUGAUGGUGCGCCAGAUGAAAGAGGAUGCGAAGGGGAAGAGCGAGGAGGAGCUGGCCGAGUGUUUCCGCAUCUUCGACAGGAACGCAGACGGCUACAUCGAUGCGGAAGAGCUGGCUGAGAUUUUCAGGGCCUCCGGGGAGCACGUGACGGACGAGGAGAUCGAAUCCCUGAUGAAAGACGGUGACAAGAACAACGACGGCCGCAUUGACUUCGACGAGUUCCUGAAGAUGAUGGAAGGCGUGCAGUAAGAAGUCGGCUUCUCCUCUGCCCCGACCGCGCGUCCCUCGGGCCAGGGCGGUGCCACCCCGCCCCAUCCUACUCUCCGCCCCGGGAGGGAGGCGCGGCUCCUGCUGGCUCUGUGUCCAGAAAGAAUAAAAACA